AUGAGUACUAAAGAAAUCACUGUUUUCGUUUCCGGUGCUACCGGUUUCAUUGCCUUACACGUUGUUGAUGACUUAUUAAAAGCUGGUUACAAGGUCAUCGGCUCAGGUAGAUCCCAAGAAAAGAACGAUGGCUUGUUAAAGAAAUUCGGUAACCAUCCAAACCUUUCAAUGGAAAUUGUCAAAGACAUAGCUGCUCCAGGUGCUUUUGACGAAAUUUUCCAAAAGCAUGGUAAGCAAAUCAAAGUCGUUUUACACACAGCUUCUCCAUUCCAUUUCCAAACCACUGAUUUCGAAAAAGAUCUUCUAAUCCCAGCCGUUAAUGGUACUAAGUCCAUUUUAGAAGCAAUUAAAAAAUACGCCGCAGACACCGUUGAAAAGGUCGUCGUCACCUCUUCCGUUGCCGCCCUAGCUACUCCAGAAGACAUGGGGAAUACCAGCACAGUUCUUACCGAAAAGAGUUGGAACCGGGACACCUGGGAAAGUUGUCAAGCUAAUGCUGUUGCCGCCUAUUGCGGUUCCAAGAAGUUUGCUGAACAAGCUGCUUGGGACUUCCUCAAGGAAAACCAAUCAAAUGUUAAGUUCACACUAUCUACUGUUAACCCAGGGUACGUCUUUGGCCCUCAAAUGUUCGCCGAUUCAUUGAAAAAUGGUGUAAAUACUUCUUCAAGUAUUGUUGCCGAGUUAGUUCACUCCAAGGUGGGUAGCCAGUUCUUUAACUACAGUGGUUCAUUUAUUGACGUCCGUGACGUUUCAAAAGCUCACCUAGCUGCAUUUGAAAAACCUGAAUGUGCUGGUGAAAGAUUAGUCUUGAGUGAAGAUUUAUUCUGCUCUCAGGAUAUACUCGACACUUUGAAUGAGGAGUUUUCACAGCUAAAGGGCAAGAUUGCCGUUGGCGAACCUGGCAGUGGUCCAAGCUUUUUGGAGAAGAGCUCUUGCAAGCUUGACAACUCUAAGACCAAAAAACUAUUGGGAUUCAAAUUUUAUAACUUCAAGGACUGUAUUGUUGACACCGCAUCUCAAAUGUUAGAAGUUCAAAAGGAAACCUGA